UGUAGUCUUUGUGUAGCUUUUGUUUUUAAGUGGAUCUUGGCUGAGAACCCAUCAAAAACACCUUGUGUAAUGAAAAACCCGGAUAUAUAAUCUGCCCCUAUAUAUUCUGCAUUCAUUGAGGUGGCCCCAGCCCCACCCCGGGACCCGGUGCAGACGUGGAACCUGUUUCAAACAGCUGCCGCUUGAAGGGAAAAAAGAAGCAAAUGAUACCAAGAGAAGCCCAUAACAGAUCUAUUCACCAGAUGUGCACGGAUGAAAACACAGUGAGAUGAGUCAGAAAGUGGCUAAGGAGGGCCCCCGACUCUCCAAGAACCAGAGGUUCUCCGAGCACUUCAGCAUACACUGCUGCCCGCCGUUCACCUUCCUCAACUCCAAACGCGAGAUCGUGGACCGCAAGUACAGCAUCUGUAAAAGUGGCUGCUUCUACCAGAAGAAAGAGGAGGACUGGAUCUGCUGCGCCUGCCAGAAGACCAGCUCCGGUCAGCAUCUCUUAGGCAGCAGAGGAGAGCCACUGCCCCAGCCUGCAGCUUCUUUUGGCCCUCUCAGACCCAGCCGCCGCGCCACGUCCCCUCAGAGGCCCAAGCGCCAGCCAGCUGCACCCCCCGCGGUGGUCAGAGCGCCAGCCAAGCCACGGUCCCCUCCGAGGCCCGAACGCCAGCCACGCCCCCGCCCAGAAGCCCGGCCUCCACCAGCCAAGCAGCGCCCCCCUCAGAAGGCCAAGCAGCAGCCGCGCAGCAGCCCCCAGAGAGGGCCAGGCACCAGCCGUGGGGGGUCCCCCGUCAAAGCUUCUAGAUUGAAAAAGAGGACCAAGCCAACCCCUCGGAAGAAGUGAUGGAGGAGUUUCAAGUGAACGGUCAGCCUCAGCUCCUGGACUCUCUGCUUCUCGACGCACGUGCCCUGGGACAGGUCCCCCGGCUUUGAAUAUGACGCAGGGGCCGCCACCUGCUGAUGUGGCCACGGCCGAUGCCCACAGUCCCCGCGGGGCGGGCGCCGCCGGGCAGCCUGCCUGGAGCAUUUUGAAAAUACUGUCCUGUGGUCUGUUGACCUCUAUAAUUGCCAAUGAGAAAUAUGUUGUCCUUCCAUUGACUCAAGUUUCUUUCAAUCUGAAGAUAUGUAUCUUUCUUCAGGGAUGUGUAAUAAAACCACAAGAUCUUAUUGUACAACCAUGAUAAAGGCAAAAAAUAAAAAUUAUCAAUUGUUGGCCAGGAUGUGGGGAAAAUUCAAGCCACCAUUGAGAACUUAUAAAUUAUUACAUUUCUGGGGUGCAAUCUGGGGGGUACCAGCAAAAUAAGAUACUGUAUAGCCUAUGAUCAAGUAAUUAUGAUAUUAGGCACCAACCCUGAGAAAAUUUGCAUUCAUAGAAAAAGGAGAUACAAGUACAUCUGUUCAGUGAAGCAUUGCUUGCCACUGGGGGGAAAAAAGAGUUAGAAAGAAAUUGAUCAAAAUGUCCAUCAAUUAUUGAGAAUCAAUAAUGUAAUAUCCAAUAAAUAAAUCCUGAACAGCAGUUAAAUGAAUCAGGUAUACUCACACCAGGUAGAUAAAUUUGGAAGACAAAAUGAGGAAUAUAAAAAAUAGAUGUAAAUGCAGUAAUGCCCUAUGUAUAGAUUUUAACCACCCACAAAGCUAUAAUUGUCCAAUGUGCAGAAACGGUAAGAUCUCUCACUCUCUAGAGUGCAACAGAA